GCGCACCUCACAAACCAUGUUUGUUUUGAAGGUGAUUUGCCGCGAAAAUGAUCUUAAUAAGUGGAACUGACAGUUCAUUAUCAUAUGAUCUCCCAGCACCGGUAUUUAUUACAGAGGAAAGACCACUGUCGACCAAGAAGUCUCGUGGCACACCCAAAUUUGCCCAGCCACCACGAGCACCCAUAAAGAGCUGUCCAGUCACAAGAAUUUUUUCACGAGUAACUGAUAACGACCGUCCUCAACCUGUGUCCUUUCGUGAUGACUCUGACACAUCCUUCAUUGCUCAGAGUCCAGUCUACCGCGCUGAGAAAUCUGCACUGUAUUUUGAACAGUGUUACAUCAUUGAGGAAAAACUGGGUGCUGGAUCAUUUGGAGAAGUAUUUCGAGUUAGAAGUAAGGAAGAUGGGCAACUGUAUGCUUGCAAGAGAACACUUCUUAAAUUUCGUGGUGAAGGAGACAGACGUAGACGAAUGGAAGAAGUACAAAAACAUGAAAAAUUACCAAAGCAUCGCAAUUGUGUAGAAUUUUAUCGUGCCUGGGAGGAACGGCAGCAGCUUUAUCUUUUAACGGAAGUUUGCAAGACGUCACUCGCUAAUGUUGCAGAAGAUCGUCAUGACCUCCCAGAAUCUCUUGUGUGGGAAUAUCUAGUCGACUUAUUACAGGGUGUACAGCAUUUGCACAACAAUAAUUUGGUUCACAUGGAUAUUAAACCCGAAAACAUAUUCUUUGGUUAUGAUGGUCUCUGCAAGCUUGGCGAUUUUGGUCUAAUGAUUGAUACCUCUCAGGGUCCAGUACAUGAGGCAGUGGAAGGUGACCCAAAAUAUUUGGCCCCAGAGAUCAUGAAUCUUCAGUUUGGACCUCCUGGUGAUAUAUUUAGCCUGGGUAUGACAAUUCUGGAAUUGGCAACUGAUCUAGAUUUGCCCAAACAAGGAGACGCCUGGCAACAACUCAGACAGGGAAGACUUCCUCCUGCUGCCAACCGAUUAUCUGAGGAACUACAGUGUGUGCUGACAGGCUUCCUCCAGCCCAACCCGUUGGAUAGACUCACAGCACAACAAGCUCUUGCUCUUCCCACUAUCAAGAAAGUUCUCUAUCAAAAGACCAUCAAAGACUAUUGUCGGAAAUCUAUUAUGAAAGCCAAGAGCACUUUAAUGAAGACAUGGCUAUACUUUGUAAUAUUCAUCAAUUUCCUAACGCUGCCUCUCAAACGUCUGCAUAAACCAGAAGCUUCUCCAGACCUUCCAAAUCUAUCGAGAGCGAACAUUUCUGAUUCCGACUUUGCUGCUGGCUUCUCCGAUGAUGAAGGCAUGGAUGACCAGAGUUUGGCACAGCCAAUAAGUGACAUCUCGACCUCUAGUAGUGAUGUCAAUACACACCGACCCUUUGGUAACUCAACACCAAUUGUAUAUCAGUUCAGGAGACAAACAGAUUUCAUCAAUUCUUCCCCUCCCAACAGAAGUAGCAUUAAUGCAAGCCCAAAUCCAGACGACAGUCCAACUUUCUUUCGGCAGCGAGGAGCUGUGCUAAGGUCGUCACAUGUGUUUGGUCAGCACCUCGAUGUAAGCGGAAACAUGAGCAUGGUGAGCACGCCAAGCCCAGGUAUUCCUGUGAUUGAGGAACCUCUCCCUUCCUUUAACCUUACUUCAAGGAACCUCAUGGAUAUGUUCAAUUCCGUAGAGUUUGAUGAGGAUGAAUAAUUCUUCUGCAAGUUUUCAAAGUAUUUAGUGUGACAAAUAUGUCUGAUAAUUAUGUAAAAGAUCUUAGUGCAAUUUAUUUGUUUACUACAAAGGAGUAUUAUUCUUCCACUAUGCAGGGAGAAAAUAUCAUUAUUACAGAGUUAAUUAUUCUUCUGUAUACAAGCAAAUAUCUCGCUCUCAUUUUGUCUUUUAAAUUCUUCCAGUUUUAUCAUUGCAAUUUAGCAAAGAACUAACGAAAAGCAUUGUUAUGUUAAGGACAACUUUUAGGUUAAACUUAUGAAAGCUCAACAAGUGUGAUUUAUUUAUUUUCAUAAGUUGUGUUGGUAGAGGAAUAAAUACUGCCAAUUUAACUUGAUAAUUUUUUGGGCAUAUUAGCAUCUGUUGAUGGUAAAUAGUUACACUGUACUGUAUUUUUCCUAGUGUGACAUUUGAGGCAUUUGAUCAGCAGUGUCUAAGUACCAUACACAGCACACCACUAAGGCAUGUCUUGAAUUUGCAAAAAAAAAAAAAGUUGAUGUAAUAAUUUAAUAGAAAUUCCUAUUCUGUAAUACAUAUCAAAGUACUGUUUGAAAUAGAAAUGUUGUCUUCUUGACAGUUAUAGCAGCAUUCUGUAAGAACAAGUAUAUCAAGGGCUGCUUAAAGAAUGUUAUGGAUUACAUUUGAAACAAUGGAUUAGGUAAUUACAACUAAUCUUCCAAUAAAUUCCUUAAUAUCAUCGAUAGGUGCAAAUUAGCUCAUUAUCCACAUCAUGUGAUGGGGGACAAACUAGCUAAUACUAUACAUAUUUAGCUGACCUGCAGGUCAAAGCUCCUCAGAUGUUUGUCUUGGUGUUUUUGCGGUGAGUUUUAUUAUAAUUUUAUUUAUUUUGUUUGUUUUUCCCUUCUAAGACAAAAUCACCUCUUGCAAAAAUUAAUUACAUUCCGGUACAGUAAUUGAUACUGAUGGCAAAUGAUGUCUCGGUAGUACAAAUUUUGCCUGUGUUCAUGUUAACAAGGUUUUGCUGAAAUAUGGUACAUUUAGUGUUGCAUUUUGUGGUUAUAUGUAUUUUAACAUAUUCAUUUGUAAUGUUAUUUUAAUACACUUUAUAAGACUAAAGGAUAUUUAUACUAAAUUGUGUACAGUAUUAUAUCAUGUAGUGCCUUGGAGGACUAGUGUACAUAUAGUAUAAACUGAAUAUAUUUGAAAUAUCAUAGGAUUAGUUAAGAAUUUGAAGGUACAAAGAAGUGCCUUAGAUUUGUGCUUUAAUUAGGCAGGGCAGCAUUAAGGAAGCUGAAGCAGCAUAGGUUACACCAGUCACUCACUCAGGUAACUGAUGUGUUAACAUUCAAAAUGCCUUUCCUAAACAUUAAAACCUCAUGGCUUGCUUCAGUUUCCUUAAAGCUAUGAGAAAAAAUAUGUUAGUAUAACUUGGCAGAAAGUCACAUGCAGGGUCAAAACUAACUCAAUGUUUGUGUAUUUUCCGUAGACAUCAUAUUUGUAGUCAGGUUCACAAUAUACUCGUGUGGAAUGGGUGGGUGUAUCUGGCAGUCCUGGUGCUGUAGGUAUAAUUAUCUUCUAUUAUGCAUGAGGUCCUUGUGCAUGAAGGGGACAUUUGUAAGAAAAACUAGCGAGUAGCAAAAUAGCCUGAAAACGAGGUUGAGAAAACAUUGCUCACUCCACCUGAAGUUGUGAAGGCAGUGUUAGGAAGGAUGAUGGUGCAAUGGUUACAAUAACUUUUCCUGACUUCAUAGAUACAGAUAAAUCACAUGUCAUUAUGUAUUGUACGAAUACCUCUUAAGUCUUUGCAAUAUAACUUGAAUUAAAGAGGCGACAAGCUAUUCACUUAUAAUUAAUGUAUAGUAAAUCAGAGAUAUAGAAUGUGUGGAGUAGGAUGUGUUGAGAGACUAAAUGAAGUUCUGAAGGUAAGUUCAGAUACAAAAAUAAGGGUCUGUUACUAAUUGCAAUAUACUGUAUAUAUAGUUGUUCCAAGCCAGCAUAGAACUGUAUUGUGUUUUGCUAUCAAACAUGUAUAUAUAAUGUGUAUGUGUUUAUUUUAUGUAUAUUACUAAUGUAUUAAAAGUAUUUUACAAAUUGGUGCGUAAUGUGUACCUCCAGACGCAUAAUGUGUGUACUAAAUAACUGAUCUCAUGUUUAUAGUAAGUAGCAACAUGAGAGAAGCUGAUGCAGGUUCACAGUAGACGUUAUCUACCUCCUGGCAAGCUCUUCUCUCCUUAACUUAUAUUGGUUGUGCAAUGUAUCAACAUUUAUUGCUAAGCUGUGAAUAAUAUCUAUACAGGUAU